CAAUAGAUUUCAUGGGUGUGGGCUCUGCGGCUGCGUCUAUUGCUAUGCCCGAGCAUAUGGAAAUUUGCAAUGUUGUGCCUGCUACUUGUGAUGUUGAGUUAGUACUACCACCACGAACAGGAUCUGAAUGAAUUUGUUCUUCAUCCUAAUGUUGGUGUAAUCCCUAAAACUGGUCACAACAUUCUUAAUAGUUCUUUUGCACCUAAAGACAUUGCUAUAGCAGUAGCAAAAUGGGGGGAAAGCCCUAAAAAGUUGAUAAGAGAAAUGGGGCUGGGUGGUUUGCUACAUGUAGAUCAUUUUACUCAUUUAAGCCGAAACCAUUCUCUCUUCUUGUUGAGAUCAAUAGACACAAGAAGGAAAAGGUUGGUUCUAGGGAAAAAGCAUUUUGCUCCGAUAAAUGAGAGGUCAAUGUCUGGGAUAUUAGGAACAAGAGAAGGUGGUGAGGUUGAGAUCCAACGAGUAAGAGAAGGGCCUACCACAAAAGAAAUUUUCAUGGUGAGGAAAAUGCUAGGCCUAGAUCUUAACCACAAAGAGGUUAAAACCCCAGAUCUAUUGCAAGUGUUGUGUGAACAACAUCCAGAUAAGUUCACCAAACAAGGGUCAAUCAGGUUGAAACUUGCAUUUUCUAUGCUAGUACUUUCAGUGUUCUACAGUCCAAGAGACAAAAGAGGAUAUGUGCCAAAGGACGCAUAUCUGCUGGCAUAUGCUCCAGAAAACCUUGACAAAUUAAACUUGACAAAAUAUGGAGUAGCUGAGCUUCUUGAUGGGGCAGCUCGAGUUCAACAGUAUGCCAGUCCUCACGCGAGGCCUGGAAUCACUAUCUUUGGUUGUCAUUACUAUCUUCAGGUCUUGUAUUUUAAUUCAGUUGAUGCAGGGUGUCAAAACGUUGAUCCCACAGUCUGGCCUAGGAUAUGUGAAUACAAUGCACCAAAGAUUUUUGCACUGGUCGAGAAGGACACCAUGAACUGUACAUCAGAAAGAGUUUUUGGCAUGCUGAGGCCUGAUGUGAAAGAGCAUGUAGCGAAUCUCAAGAGACAGAAGCGAACGUCGAGCGAAUCAUAGCUUCGAAUAGUUCUGAAUGAGCAUCCAGCUACCUUCCAUCUAUCAGACGCUUAUGAUGUCAUUCUUCAACUGCCAGCAAACAAUGUAUCAUCUAGACUAAUGUUGCACACUAUGACUGACCGAUCUGAGCCAUCAGCCAGAGAACAUCAUGGCCGGAUGUCUGGAAUGGAAACUCGAGAUGAAAUUAAGAAGCUAGUUGAACAAAAGUUUGGCUUCAAAACGCAAUUGCAAGUAUGGAGCUAAAUUGCAAGCUAGCCGAUGACAAGUUCUUUGAAGAAGUGAAGCGGAGGACAGAAAUGUUCGACGGGUCAAUCAACUCGAUGGUUGCAAACCAUAGAGAGAUUCAGAAGACAACUAAACUGCUGACAUUGCAGUACCUGCACAAACAUCUGGUUGUGCAUGGGGUUGGAAAACACAUGCCAGGGCUAGAAAAACACCUAAACAUGAUAAACACGCUGAUUUCAGGUGGUACUGGAGCUGUAGUGGAUGCAGAUGGCGCUAGUACUAGCAGCGCACCAUUGAUGCCAAGAGUGCUUGAUGGACUUUUUGGAGUUAGGUCAUCAUUUAGUGGACCAGCCUGGGAUGGUGUGCAGCAUAAUAUUAGAGUACCCCAGAGCUCACUGGUGUUAAACCCAGUGCCUAUUAGAUCAUCACCGGUUAACCUACCUGUAGCAAGGCCAGAAGUAGUACAAGAGCAAAUUUGCAGAGGCACUGUACAACAAACCAAUGGGAGUGCUUCUGUAGCAAGGCUAGAAGCAGUACAAGAGGAAAUUUGCAGAGGCACUGUACAGCAAACCAAUGGGAGUGCUUUUUCAAGUUAUCGAGAUUGUCAUGAAAAUGGGCAUAAGAUUGGCAGUGCAAGUGUUAGCGAUGUUGUUCAUUCUAAUAAGAGUGAUAGGAAGGAUGAUUCGGGAGAUAAUGAUGGGAAGGAUAGAACAAGCGCCGGGCAGAGCACUUAUCCUAAGAGACCAAGAGAGGAUGUUUCAAGGGCUGAUCGUGGGAAGGAGGCUGCAAAAGAUGAUGCACAACUGCUUAAUAACAUAGAUGGUGUUGCAAACGACAUCGCCGGCUACAGUGAUAUUGGUGUUAAUGCUUCUCCAAAGAGAAAACGUGCUAAUAUUCAAUCAGAGCCUGGUGGCAAGGAGCUUAUAGUUUACACAGCAACAAGAUGUAGACAUGCUAGAUUAGAACCGAACUACUUGAUGAGGGAAAGACAUGUCCACUCAGAUUUGCCUCCAGCGGAAAACCCUUUCCACCACAACAAAAGGAUAGAGUUCCCUACGCACAGGACAGCAAAAUAAUUGUAUGAUAGAUUGUUGUUCUCAGAUUCAACCACCACAAAGAAGCUAUGGUUUGUUCACACUGAACCAGAACUUCUUAAAAUUAGUGGAUCAGAGCUUAUUGAAUGUUUCCAAGAGUUUGGCCUAUUUACAAGCAAGACUUACGAGUGUAUCAGAAGGAUGCUGGAUGAAAAUGAACGCGAAUGGUAUGGAAUAGAAGAGCGCAGAAGGUGGCGCAAAAUACUUCCAAAGGAAUGGGUGGAGAUGGUGCUUGAUGGUGGAGAUUACAUCAACAAUCCAAAAAUGAGACAAAUGUUUGAUGGUGGUCAGCGUGAUUAUGCAUUGGACACAUGUCAACUGGUAUAUAUGUUAUUUGGUUAAAUCUUUUGCUGUUGCGCAUAAUGGUAUAAUAUAUUUUCAGAAUUAACCCGGUGAGCAUUCUAUUUGUAGAUUUGGGCUAUGCAUGAAACAAAAGAAGGGUACCGUAUCAUGUAUGCAUUUGAUAUGGACCUUGAAA